GACGGUUGUGACUCGGAUUCGAAAACAAUUUGUCGCAUUCACGUUUCACGCCGUAGUGUCGACGGGCGUCGGCGCCGAAGUCGAGUGGUGUGAUUCUUUAUGUGGAUUUGUUUUUGUGCCCUGGAGAGAUCAGCGGUUGACGCACGGACACGCGGUGGCCCUGCGGCGAACAGUGAACGGAAUUAUUUGUUCUGGGUACUGCAGUGGAGUAGCCGAACAUAUGUACGGAAGGUGAUGACGCUCUGAUGCCUAGCGAAGAAGAGUACGUAUCACCGUCAGCCUCGACCCUGGCGAGAGGAGUGCAGCGGCAGCAGGGAAGAGUCGCACGACCCAACACCGGAAUGGCAGACAUGGGAAAGUAUUGGCUGAACGUCGCCCUCCUCCGGGUAUUUCUCCCCGUCGUCCUCACCCUUUGUGCAGUAUGCAGGCCUGUUGGUUUGUCAGCUGUCUAUCUGGCCCUUAUGCUGUAUCUACCAAUGGUUCCCAUACCGUCGAGCAGAACCAUGAAUGGGCCCACUGGUCGCUUCCUUAUCAGCGCCAUGGGCCUGUGCUUCCUGACCGUUGUGGUACAAAUUACUUUUCAAUUUGUCCUGUUGGCUUUACCCCCCUACGGUCAUUUCCUAGAAAAUUGUAAAUUCGUGGAGACUCUCUUGAGGCACGUGGGGCUUGUGAGACUAGAUGGUGCUACCACUUGGAUGAUAUUCUAUUGGCUGACACCAGAAUUAAUUUCGUUACCCUCCACGAUUCUAGUCUAUGUAUUUUGUCGAAGAUUAACCUUCGAGCCAAACCAGGAAAACGAUGGCCGGUGUUCCGGGAAAGAGAUCACUCCCCCUUUGGGAAAAAUCAUCGAUUUCUUGGGCGCUGUGGGUACCUACGUGGUUUUGUUCUCUUUAUGCUGUGUGGGAGUACUCCAGCCGUCCAUUGAAGGAGGAUUGUAUUUUCUCGUCUUCAUCGGGGCAGGGACCUUGUGGGCAUGCAACAAGGAGCUGAGACGAGGCUUUGCUAUUAUCUGCAGACUCGUGAUGGUCUUUAUUUUAAUCCAUGUCAUUCUCAUACUCACGUACCAAAACCCGUGGCCCCAGAAACUGGUCCCUCCAGAUAGCGCCUGGUCAAGAUACUUCGCUUUUAUACCCGUCUUCACGACAAACUGCACCAGCCCCAGAGAUGUUAAGAUCGAAGCUAAAGACUGGAUCGACUUCACAGAGCCGGCAAUUCUUAUUUGGCUGUACUACAUUCUCGCUCUCCAGUCGCAAUUUUUGACAAAUAAACCUGCAAAAAAAACUGCCCACUUCAGUGGCAAAUUGGAGACCCUGGAUACGCCUCUAUCAAGACACGUAUCUGCAAGAAGGAGAACACCCUCUCAGAGAUGGCAGUCAGCACGCCGAAAGGCUCGUCUGAUGCGGUUUGGAUCAGGACGGGCGGGUCUUCUGCAGGACUCCACCGGCAGUGUCAUAGUCCAGGAUGGUCAUCGCGACGACAGCAUUCAAUUGCACUCCCUGAGCGAUGGUGUAGUAGAAGAUCAACCUGGGAUGUUUGAACAAAUAAUAAUGGCGUUCUAUGCCAUAUUUCAACUCAUCAUUCAAUCAUCGUACCUGGCUACAAAUAUCGUCAUGAUGGCGUGGAGUAUCACAUAUCACAGCUGGACAACGUUUGUUUUGCUAUUAUGGGCAAUAAUAUUAUGGAUGGUACCUAAUAAGCGAUCGUGGAUGAUGAAGUGUUCCCCCUUUAUUGUGAUAUACGCAACCCUGUUACUCAUAGGACAAUUUAUAUUUAAUUUGAACCUCACGAAGGAUGAGCUGCCGGAUACUAUUUAUGGCAUCGAAUUCUCGCAGAUUGGAUUUACCAAAACUGAUGAAUUGGGUAGUUGGAAUCUUCUUGUGAAAUGCCUCUACACCACUAUGUUUUGGAUAACUAUGAAACAAUAUAUGAUCGAGCGAAAGCAGCUGCGGAGAUCUUCCGCAUUGCGCGAUAUGGUUGCGCCACUCCACGUAUCUGUAUCAACAGCCACAAAUGCAAUGAAUCAAGAUAUGCCCGAAAUCAGAAGCAAGUUCAUGAAAAAUGUUGGAACAUUGACCCAGAAGAUUCUUACUAAAUUCUGGAUCGGUGUCGUUGCCAUUAUGUUGUUCACAAGUGGAAUUACAGGUGAACGCAUGACUGUAUUCCGGAUCAUUUACAUGUCACUGUUUCUCAUCUUCGUUGUUACUUUCCAGAUAUCCUGGUUUGCCUGGAGAAGAAUGAUGUAUGGAUUCUGGAUUACGGUUAUAGCAUAUUCUGUUAUCAUGCUAAUAUUGGUCUAUACAUAUCAAUUUCAUCAUUUUCCACAAUAUUGGACUUAUAUAUACAUUAACGAAGGCUUGCAAAAUGACAUAGGCUUGGAGAUAUAUGAGACUAAAGAUCUUUUUGUACGCCUAUUGACACCAACAUUCUUCGUGAUAAUCACAGUGGUACAGAUGCAUUACUUUCAUCAAGACUUUCUAAAAGUCACCGAUAUCGAAAAGAUAAGACCUGUGGCGCAGCCCAUAGCCUCGGAUGGUACCCAAGAGAAUAUAGAGCAAAAUGCGAGUUCUCACAUCGAGGAUCGCGAUACUAAUCCACUUGUUGCGGACGCUGGUGACGCACAGAAGCCAAUGUACACGUUGAAGCAGCUGAAGCGAAUGUCGAAGAUCGAGCGAAAGGCUCUCUUGCAUAAAAUCGGGAAACACUUGUACAACUUUUACAAUCACGUAUGGUUGUUCCUAGAAAUCCAUAUGGAGAAAAUUAUAUUUUUAUCUAUGAUGUUGAUGUGCGUCGAGGAGGUGUGCGCCAUCCACUCUUUGUUCGUUGUCGCAAUAGUCAUCAUCAUCAAUUUCCGACGGGGUGUACAAAUAGUUGCCAUCAAGACGAUGGCAGCAGCAAUCGCAAUACUUAUGGUCGUCAAAAUGCUAUAUCAAAUUGAGUACAUUGACCACAAUAACUGGAACGUUAAUUGCACCGAAACCAAUCGGACAAUGGACUACGAUACAUGUGGUACGAACAAGACGGUGUAUAAUAUAGCCGAGUGGAUCGGAAUGGAAAAAGCAGAACCCAGUAAUCUACCUUUCUUAUUGAGGAGAUACAUUGGCAUAAUAACUGUGACAACAUUCCGUGCGAUCAUUCUUGUCCGACAAAUGUUCUACAGGCAGAUGAGAGGAGAUCCAUUAAAAACGCCACAUAUCAUGUUCCCAAAUAUAUCGAGAAAAGAUGCUGACACUGGAAUGGUCGAGUGUCUCAAGUUCUUUUUCAAUUACGGUUUUUACAAAUUCGGCCUCGAAUUUUGUUUCAUAGGAAUAAUUGCCCUCAUUAGUACCAGGCUUGAUUUUUACUCCGUACUGUAUGCCAUCUGGCUCGGGUUAUUAUACUGCUUGCGCAGACCCACCGUCUCCAAAGUAUGGCCGAUCUUUCAGUGCUUCACCAUUCUUUUCUUGGUUAUACAAUAUUUCAUCGUCGUUGCGCCGCCAACCUGGCUCUGCAUUCAGUAUCCGUGGGGCAAAUCUGAAUUUUAUCGCAGACUGCAAGACUGGAUGUUCUUUCCAGAUCCAGAUUGUCCACCGAAUCCUAAAAAGCUGAUCUGUGACUUCUUCCUGUUAUUGAUGAUCACUCGGCAAAGACUAGUCUUCCAUAUAGAGGUACGUCAGAAAGAAGCUGUGGAAGAAUACCCAGGCGGUCAUAACUACAGUGUUUUCCUGGACAUAGAAAAGCCGCACUUUGUAAAUCCCGCGAGUGAUUUCGUGUCACAAACUCAUACAUGGCUAGACGUUAUCAAACGAGGAAUUCUUUCCAGUUUGUUGUGGAUAUCCCUGUCCAUCAUGUUCUUAGCAGGUACCAAAAGAACAAAUCUUUUUUCACUGGGGUACUUGGUUGGGGCGUUCGUGUUUCUUUGGCAAGGUAGCGACUUUUACCUCCGUCCGAUAAGGACAAUCUUGAAAUGGUGGAAUGUUCUCAUCGGCUAUAACAUCGUAGUCAUCACGUUAAAAGCCAUACUGCAAGGAAUCGGUUGCGUGUACAUAAAAGAGGUCGAAGGGUCCGCCUGUUGGUUGGUUCAACUUCUAGGCAUCGCAUGUUUGAAAAAAUUCAAAAGCAGCGCACAGAUCGACAACGGUACCUGUCAAGUGCCAAGAGAAGACAUAGGAAUGGUUUGGGAUGGGCUGUGCUUCGCCUUUUUGAUCAUGCAGAAACGUCUUUUUAAAAGUUACUACUUUUUCCACAUCAUUGACGAGACGAAGGCAAUGAGCAUCCUGGCCUCACGUGGAGCUGAACUACUCGAAGAAUUGCAUCAGAAGAGGAUAGAGAAGCAAGAAUCUAUUGAAAAAACUGUGCUUGAAAAACUCAAGUUCAAAAUGGACAAAAUUAAAGCGAAUCAAAAGAAAAUAAUGGGUCCCGUGUACAAGGAUUCCGUCCCCCAUCGCACAGACCUACUCUAUCCAGGAACCCGCCCACUGUACAGACGGCGUCCCCCAAUUACGAACCGAGAGGCCGUCAGAUCAGGUGACUACUACAUGUUCGAUGACAUGGAUGACGACGAUGUCAGUGAAUUCGUCGUCGAUGAUCCUGACAAAGAACAGGAAGAAAAACAGCGGAGACGAGAGCCAUACGGACGCAGAAUGACCAUCUCUGAGUUGGUGAACACCGUGUUAAAGACAGAUAUAGAGAUUGCCACGCACGUCGCCUUGCACGGGGGAACACAGCAAGAUGCUCUGCAAAUUCGGAGACGAAGCGAGCCAUUGACCCGCAAGAAGUCAUCAAUGUCCUAUCUAAGCGCUCGCUCUGAGUCUGAUACUGCCGCACCCAUUGAUGAACGAGACGAUGCUGGAAGUACCGACUCUGCAGAGGCCAUAAGAGGAAUCAAGGGUGAAGAUGUGACCCAAACCCCAAUUCCAUCGGAUGAAGAAGAUGAGAAAGCAGAAGAAAAGAAGAAGAUCUCAAUUUUUACCUAUUUCAAAUUCAUCUGGGCAAUCGUUAACAGCACAAUAGUGUCGAUGACGAAACGCUUAAACGUUUACUCGAGGGACUACAGAUACAUAAGAAAGGUUCUAACUGCCGAGAAGAAAGUGUUGAAGCAAAAACCAGACUUCAGGACCGGUACGCGCUUAGGAAUCAGCCAAAUAUGGCAGCCAAUAACUAAAACUCAACAAGUAUCUUCGGUAUCAACCACUGACGACACCACCAAUGAAGUGUCCGAAGAGGAUUACAGACUCGAGUACCAACCCUGUGACUUCGGAGAUAGUGGUGUUGUCUGUGCCAGGAAGGCGAGCUCGCUGACGGUACCGCACAUUCGAAUUCUGGCACCCAGUUUGGAGCGAGGAUUAGACAUGUCCUCCUCCUCCUCCAGCUCUAUCAUUUCCCACACGACUAUGCUACAUCCAGAAGAAGGCCAAGGGGAACUUUCCGAACAGGAUCAACCACCGAUAAUCCAACUGUUUGCCUCUAUCUGGUUUGCAAUAUUGGCUCACUCCAACCUUUUGUGCUAUUUUAUGGUCUUCUUGCACCAGAUAAAAAAUGCGUCUGUCCUAUCAUUACCUCUACCAUUAAUGGUGUUUUUGUGGGGCACCUUGACAAUACCAAGGCCUUCCAAAACGUUUUGGGUCACCCUUAUUGCAUAUACAGAGAUUGUUGUUAUCAUAAAAUGUAUGUUCCAACUGACAGUCCUUCCAUGGAAUCGGAUAGCAUCUAGCGAUUGGCCUUUCUUCCCGCCAAGAAUAAUUGGCAUUGAGCGAAAGGAAAAUUAUGCUCUCUGGGAUUUGUUGCUCUUGCUCAUUGUGUUUUUCCACAGAUUGAUGCUAAAAUCUUUGGGGCAAUGGAAUACUGUGCCCGUUAAGCCAAGAAAGAUAAUUCCAUCACAGAUCGCGAUGGCCGUGGCACAACCGACACCUGCAAAUGACGUGGGGCAAGGCGAACAUCCUGCAACCAAAAUUGACGAUGUUCUUAUCGAAGAGGAUACAGAAAUUCGAAGAGGUAGCCUGACAACGUCGCGUGAGAAAACACAGCAUGAGCCAACCCCUGAAGAAGAUUCCGACGACAGGGCUCGUGCGUCUGCAGAGGAUAUUGAGUCUCAUGAGGACAAAUUAACAGUUGCUCUUGGUAUGAAAGCAAAAAAGUAUGUGGAACCGAUGAGGACGUACUUCGAGAAUAUAUUAAAUGCUAACGGUAAAGAACGGACAAACGUUUAUGCAUACAUGUUCUUCUGCGAUUUCUUUAACUUUCUAUUAAUCAUUUUCGGAUUCUCCGCAUUCGGGACCCAGCAAGGCGAUGGUGGGGUCACUGCGUACCUGGCGGAAAACCGCGUGCCAAUGCCCUUUCUCCUCAUGCUUCUGCUCCAGUUUGCUCUGAUUGUAAUAGAUCGAGCUCUUUUUUUGAGGAAGUACAUCCUUGGCAAACUAAUUUUUCAAUAUUGCCUCGUGAUAGGCAUUCAUUUGUGGAUGUUCUUCAUAUUACCGUCCGUGACCGAAAGGAAAUUCAACGAUAAGCUCCCACCGCAAAUAUGGUACAUGGUGAAAUGCUUUUAUCUGUUGCUAGCAGCAUAUCAAUUACGUCUUGGUUAUCCCACUCGUAUACUUGGUAACUUUUUGUGCAAAAAGUACAGCAUCGUGAAUUAUUGCCUUUUCAAAGUAUUCAUGAUAGUACCAUUCCUUUUCGAACUACGAGCAGUGAUGGACUGGAUCUGGACCGAUACAUCAAUGACAAUCAUGGACUGGUUCAAAAUGGAGGAUAUUUUUGCGAGUAUUUAUCAAUUAAAGUGCAUGAGAGGUGUCGAGACCGAUUUUCCACAGCCACGAGGAAUCAAGAAGCAGCAGACAAGCAAAUACAUGACCGGAGGGAUUGCUCUCUUUCUGAUCAUUGGCAUAAUCUGGUUCCCGCUACUCCUGUUUGCCCUUGGUGGUACUGUUGGAGUGUCGAAUCUUCCAUAUGAAGUAUCACUGAAGCUACGAAUUGGCUCCUUCGAACCGAUCUAUGCGAUGUCAGCUCAGAACAGCUCCAUAUAUAGGUACACCUAUUCUGACUAUGAGAAACUCAGGACGAAAUAUGAACGCGAUCGCAGUGCUACUACAUUCUUGGAGAAUUAUAUUCACACUGACGUAGCGGCUGUGGAACUGAGUGUAUCCUCCCGGCGGCUGUGGGCCAUUUCUCCUCCUGACUUAAAGAGACUCGAGGCUGAACUCACGUCUAUGAAUAUUGUGACGAUGCACGUAGAAUGGACGGUCUCCAGGAAAACUGACGCAAAGGAUGCUUCGGAAACGACUACGACUCAACGCGACAUUGAGCUGCCACCGCUGGUGGAUGGGAAGCCAAACCCUCUACGAAUAUCUUUAUUGAAUAUGCUCAUCAACCAGAAUCUAACCGGUAUAGGCGGGGUGGUUUCCUCCGAAACGAUUGUAUUGCCCCACGCGUUCCCUAAGUUUCUAAAAGUCACCGACAGACUAACCGACGUGGUGCCACAGCUCAUGGAUAUCCCCGGAACAGAACGAAAUGAGGAUGAUGACAGCAUCGACUACUUGUAUCGUGACAUGAAAUUGAAACUCUCACGAAAUGGUGACUGCUGUGCUCCUCAACAGUGGUGGAUCGUGGAGGAGAAUCGUGGAAAUACUACUAUCGAUGAUUGGCUGAAUAGUAUCCCACAAAACGAUCCCCAAUACAUUGUAAUAUUUGUUUUCAACGACAAAGCUUUUCCCAAGGAGCUCAGCUUCAUUUCCGGAUUUGGAAUUCUUGGCUUAUACACAACGGCUGUAGUAGUCAUUAGUCAAAUGUUGAGGCGAAACGUGAGUGAGAUGGCUCCGAAGAUAAUGUUCGAGGACCUCCCAUACGUCGACAGGAUCCUUCGUCUCUGUUUAGAUAUUUAUCUCGUCCGCGAAAGCGGGGAAUUGUGUCUUGAGGAGGAUUUGUUUGCCAAGUUAAUAUUCCUCUACAGAUCUCCCGAGACGUUGAUCAGAUGGACGAGGCCUCCAGAACCUGGAGAGCAGGCUGAUGAAAACGAUGAUGAAAACGUGGAAGAGGAUGCAGAUAUGCGUGUCGCAUAAGCUGGGCCAAAACGACUCCAAUGCGCUUAUCGCUUAGAUGAAAUUCCCUCAAUGGGAAACAGAAAGCAUGUCGUGGGCAUAACGUACAUCAAGUAUGCAACAAUCCCAUUUCGUUCGAUUGUUAGGUUGCGAAUCGGGCGCGAUUAACUUAUGAGCUUACGCUCAAAAAUCAGCGUAGUAUUUUUACAUUUUUUAUCGAUAAAAGUAUAUUUAGCCAUCCCAUACAGCGAAUUUUCUACUCUGCAAUUUGUUUAAGCGAUGUAAUUUGCGGUUUGAAUGCGCUAAAUGAAAAAUCACAAAUACCUGAUUAUACAAACGUAGAUCUACUAGUAUGUCGAUGUAAGUAGAGUCUUUGAUUAGGCGUGAAUCGUACGAUCUGUACAAAAGAUUUUACAGCGUGAUGUCCGAACAACGAGACCACUCUCUUUUUUCUAUCGAUAAGUACAAUUAAUGUUCAAAAUACGCUCUAUAACUUAUUCAUAUAUUUAAUGUAGUACUAUUCGUUGAUUUUAUACAUUUGAAUUUGGAAAUUUUUUUUAUCAUGAUGUACGUACUAACUCCAUGACGAUAUUCGUACUCGUAAUAUUCACGCUGCCUUUCAAUUAAAAGUUCAGAUUUACAUUAUCAUCUUUCCUAAUAAGUAUACCGAACACUCGCGCAGCAUUUAAUUUACAAUUUUACUUUACUAGUGCCUUGUGUGGGGUUUUUCAUCCCAACGUAUGUAGAUAUCAUUCGCAUAUACUGCGCCUUUUAUGCUUACCUCGUCGCAACGUAGCGAAACAAUAUAUUUAUGUAUGAAAGUACUGUAAAUACUACACAACGGUUAUAUCAUUGCACUUACCGCCCGCACACAGAACAGAAAAAAUGGAACUCCCACCCUUACGUGUAUACCUAAUCUAUAGGUAUAUUAUUUUGAAAUAUAACACGCCGCUUUAAAUAUU